UUCGCUCUCGAGGGUAUGGGUACCUGCGAUGAGCAAUCAACGGACUAUAACCGAUUUGCCACUCGAAGUCCUCGAUCUAAUAUAUAAUAACUUACGAAACCUGAGAGACAAACUUCGACUGGCGCAGGUCCAUGAAUAUCUGGGACAAGCGUUUUCCUACCACAGCGGCAGUGAUUACAAGAUAUUUUCCCCAAAAAUACAUUUUCCGGUUCGGCUAUAUCGUGUUCUAUUGGCGGAAUGCGGUCCGUCAAUCGUGGAGUUCAUCUGUGGCUCGGACACCUGGAGCGACCUGUUGGCCAAAUCGAUAGCGAAGAACUGUCCCAAUCUGGAAUCGGUGAACAUAAGUGUUACAUUAAGAAACAGUCAUAGCGUCCAAACCUUUCUGCUUAACAUGGCCAAAUCUUUAGUUUCGGUUGAACUAAAACUCAACGACAGUUGCCAAUCGCCAAGGAUCCUAAAUGCAGUGGCAGAACUGAAAAACCUGAGAAAAUUGUUAUAUGAAGGAUACAUUGACAGAGGAGUCAACCAGCUGUACAAAUUAGUUGCUCUCGAGGAGCUAAGACUCGAUUAUCAAGGAAGAGGAUACAGAUGCAGAGCGGUUAAUCUGCUCCAGAUUUGUGGACAGAUGACCAAUCUUCGUUGUUUGACUGUAAGCAACAUUUGUAUAUCUCCACCAGACGGGUUUCAUCCCAUGAUAUGGCCAAGCCUGAAGGAUUUUAAGAUGCAGAACUGCGAAAUCUCCACAGUAUUACCUGAUUGUCCGAAGCUCAAGACCCUCUAUAUAAAGUUCUGCAAAUGCAGAAUCAAAGGAUACGUGUGCAGCUUUAUAUUGAAGAAUGGCAGGAAUAUUGAGGAAAUCGAUGAGAGCUGUGAGCCGGCGCCAUUCGAUGGGCACAGUUUCCUUCAAGUGAUCCGAAGCUGUCAGAAAUUGCAACUAUUCUCCACUCCCCUGGGUGGUAUUAGAAUCUACCAAGCAUUCGUCACCUCCAUGGUGGAUAUUCUUAAGGAUAAUGCUGCGACGCGAAAAGAACCCUUCGAACUGAUAUUGUACUGCCGUGAUAAGCUGAGAUGGUUUCGACGAUUUCUACAUCGGACAUCUUAUCCCGAAGUGAUCCAUACGCUUUAUCUGUACAAGUUUUAAUGAUUGGGAAAAUGUAUUUUAAAAACUUAAAUAAUUGUAUAUUGAUAAA